AGUUUGCAAAGCGCAAAAACUUCUCACUGCCCUCCCUCUCUCCAUUACUGAGGCUUUAGAGGUGACACAGCCUGGACACGCAGGCACAAGGUAAAGAAAAGAUCACUCCGAGCUUCGGGAUAUUCUGCCAGUUUCAUAAAACCAAACAUGAAAGCUCAGCUAUUUGCCGUAGACUUAAUACUUCUGUGCAUAUCUUGCGGAGCAAGUGCAUUGGCAACGACUGUUCCUGCAGUGUCUGCGUUUCUGCCAGCAGCCAAUUUCACCGAUGCUGGCGCAGCGUCCAGCUAUGGAACAGACUCCACGAGCAUUUCUAAAACCAGGAGGAAGAGAUACAUCAGUCAGAACGACAUGCUCGCCAUUCUUGACUACCAUAACAAAGUGAGAGGGAAGGUGUUUCCCCCAGCAUCCAAUAUGGAAUAUAUGGUGUGGGACGACACCCUGGCUAAGACGUCUGAGGACUGGGCUCAUGCCUGCCUGUGGGAGCACGGGCCACCUCACCUCCUCAGGUUCCUGGGUCAGAACCUCUCGGUCAGGACAGGACGAUAUCGAUCCAUCCUGCAGCUGGUGAAGCCGUGGUACGACGAGGUCAAAGAUUACUCCUUCCCGUACCCCCGCGACUGCAACCCCCGAUGCCCCCUCAGAUGCUAUGGACCCAUGUGUACUCAUUAUACACAGAUGGUGUGGGCGACGUCCAACAAAGUGGGCUGUGCAGUCCACACGUGCCACAACAUGAACGUGUGGGGCUCAGUGUGGAAGCGGGCAACGUAUUUAGUUUGCAACUACUCACCCAAGGGUAACUGGAUCGGAGAGGCUCCCUACAAAGUAGGCGUCCCCUGCUCCGCCUGCCCCCCCAGCUAUGGGGGCUCCUGCAGCAACAACAUGUGCUUCCCUGCUCUGAAGACAAACUACCUGCACUGGUUCAAAUAAACACAGGUUUCCUCUGGACAUCAGCUGACAUCCCACAGAGACAUUAUUUCAAUCCCGUAAGGAUUUGCACAACAGUCGUGGACUAUUUUGUAUAUAUGAGUUUAUUUAAAGACACAAACAUACAUUUCAAGGCAGCAGACGAUUUUGAUGACUUGUAAAUAAUCUGUAAAUUAAUUUGUUACAUGAAUUUUCUAAUUGAUGAAAAAUAAUUUAUGUGUAGAAUGGGUCCUUAAACUACGAUGGCGUAUUAGGGCCAUUGUAAGUAAAACAAUAAAUAAAAAACGGAGCCGGGGGGGGGGUACUUUAAUUAUCUCUGAGAUUACAGUUGUAAAUCUAAGCGAACACAUUUUAAAAAACGAUGUUUUUCUCAUAAAUUUGUGACUUUAUUAUCUCAGAGAAUUUUCAAGUUUCUUUCUCCUAAAUUUGCGACGACAAUCUCGGAAAUUGUGAGCUUUUUCCUGUAACAUUACCGGCUCUGUGGUAUAUUUCUUAAACCUACAAUGGACAUUACACGCCGUCGUAACAAACGCAGUACAUACUGUAUUUGGUGCAUAUUUCACUAUGUUAUUUUAAUGUAGUCAUUAAGGACUUAACACGAUCACAGCUGCUCACUUUGGUGCUCUGGCAUCACACCUUCAUGUUGUGUGCGCUGCCUUCACAGGAAUGUUGUGAUAAUAAGAUGAAAAGCUUUUGACCUCAGAGGGUGAAACCUACACUGGCAGCUUUGUAGCCGCUGUAGGUAAAACUAACUUCAUGCUCGACACGAAUGCAAACUCCAUUUGAGUCCUUCAACAAAUCGGCAACAAUUUGUUGACAAAAGUGCACUUACUGUAAAAUAUCGGUCUUUAUCUGAACGCAUAGAUGACGCCUCUGUUGUCAAAAGUUAGUUCAACAUGUCGUGCAGUUUUAAUCUGACGUGUCACAGGUCAUAUGUCAUUUUAUAUUUAAGCUAAUGAGAGCACGUACAAUUCAUCUGACCCACAUAUCUGUUUCAUAAUCCAUCUUGUACACGGUGUAUUGGUAUAUUAUAUACCAUCAUAUUGAUAUAUUGGACAAAUCCAUUGUUUAUAUUUUUGUUAUGAUCACUGAUGUAGUUUGUUUUUGGAGUUAGGCACUCAAGUGCACCUUAAUUGUUUUAAAAUUUCCGAAAUACCAGGAAAUCCUUAUUGUUUUGUACAUGUAGAUAAUCAUUAUACCUUGACUAUCCUAAACAAGUAUACUGUAAGUUAUUCAUUUUUAUAUGGGAACAAAUAUUUAAUUGAUAUCGUUUUUUUUUAUUGUUUUGUAAAAGGAUUGUAAAUAUAUCUGAACGAUUAAAAAGUACUGAAUAUGGUUCUAUUGCAUGUGAACGUUUUUAAUGUUGACGGAAACGUGACAUAAUAUUGGCGAGUUAUUGCCUCAACACCUCUAACUUUGGCAAAUGUAUCAGAAUGUAUUUUCAAAUCAAAGUGUAAGUGAGACAAAUACAAAAAACUAAACAAGAAACGUUGCCAUUGGUGCAAACUUUAGUGGGAGAUAAUGCAUUACAAAAACAUAUCCCGCACUGACUGUAUUAAAAUCAACAACAAGCUAUUUAUGCAAUGAACUGCGCUUUUCCUCUUGUGUUUUAUAUUUGUAAUAAAAUGUUCUAUUUUGA